AUGGAAAACAACACCUUCAACAGCCCCAUACUCCAGCUGGAGGGCUUAAAAAUUCAAGAGGAUUCUGUUCAUCUUGUCUUUUUCCUCUUUCUGUUUUCCUACAUAGUUUUUAUGAUUAUGAAUUUGGGAAUUUUAGCAAUAAUUUUUAUGGAAAAGAACCUUCAUCAGCCGAUGUAUGUGCUGUUUUGUAACCUGACCAUCAGUGAUAUCAUUGGAAGUACUCAUAUUUUACCCCGUUUGCUCUCAGACAUCUUACUGCCUCCUGCUGAACGUCUAAUCGGUUAUUAUGAAUGUGUGGUUCAGGCUUUUAUCACACAUAUGUUUGGCACUACUUCACACACUGUACUGAUGGUAAUGGCCUUUGACAGGUAUGUGGCCAUCUGUCAUCCUCUGCACUAUAGCACAAUAAUGACCAGGAAAAUAAUUGUUCAGUUGAUAGUGUUCUCAUGGGGAGCACCAUUUGUUCUGGUGUUGUUCUUCAGGUUUGCAGCUGCCGCAGCAGGGAUUUUUGACAGAUACGGCAUCUGGAUGCUCAGGAGGCCGACCACGGGGCUGGGGACGAAGCAGCGUCUUAGGGGGACCACCGGAGGCAUGGCAGAGGUUCUGGGGGCCGGCCGAGGAUCCGGCGAAGCUGACACUCUGGGGGUCUGCCACGGGGUCGGCGGUGAAGCUGACGCUCUGGGGGUCUGCCGCGGGACCGGAGGCGAAGCUGACGCUCUGGGGUCAGGCCGCGGGGCCGAAGGCGAAGCAGCUUCUCAGGAGGAUGACGCCCAAACUUCAGCAGGUACCCCCACGGGGUACCCCGUCCCCUCCUCGGCAGCUCAGGAACAGGCUCAGUAG